AGCUCUCCCCUGAUCCCCAACGUGUUCACCGCUCCCGACAAGAGAGCACGACGAGCGAUCACAUGCAGCCCGUGUCCCGCCUGGCCCCCGCGCGGCCGCAUGCGCGCGUGGCGGUGACGACGACGUGCCGGGCCCGGGCCACGGCGAGCCACGGCUGCGCCCGCCCCUCGCGCGUGGCUCCGGCGCCGCAACCGCGCCUCGGCCUGCGCGCCCGUGCGACGUCGUGCGGGGGCGGGGCGGUGGAGCCCGUCGAGGCGCGGGAGGACGCGGAGCCGGCGGCCGGCCAGGCGGAGGAGCCCGGGCUGGCGCCGGAGGAGCUGGAGGUGCUGGAAGAGGCGGCCAUCGCGGGGGCGGACGAGGGGCGGCGGCCCACGGACUACGACCGCCGCGCGCACAUCUUCGAGGAGAGCUCGCGGGUGUUCCGGGAACUCAAGCACCGGCGCGACGGCGACGUCGCCGGCGAAAGCGGAGGCGGGCAUGGCGGCGUCGCUGCUGGUGUCACGGUGGCUGAAACAGGAACAACGAUCGAACACCAGGUUGGGUGAAGCUGAAACACUGUUACUUGGCGGACGUGUACGGUCGAGAAGGGGUCAAGCAUGUACGCUAC